CGCUGAACCAGGAAGUGCCGCGGUAAAAAAAACAGGAAGUGUAGUGUCAGAUUUGGGUCUAAAUCAAAACAAAUCCAGACGAGCUUGUCGGACAGUUGCAAAUUCAUCUUCACCGGAUUAUCUGGAAAUCAUAGCCGCCUCGACAUGGAGGAAACACUCUUCCAACUAAAGUUCACAGCUAAGCAGCUUGAGAAACUUGCCAAAAAGGCAGAGAAGGAUUCAGAUAAGGAGCAGGCCAAGGUCAAGAAGGCUCUGCAGCAGAAGAAUGUGGAAUGUGCCAGAGUUUACGCAGAGAACGCCAUCCGAAAGAAAAACGAGGGUCUGAAUUGGCUGCGUAUGGCGUCUCGUGUCGAUGCUGUGGCCUCUAAAGUGCAAACUGCUGUCACCAUGAAGGGGGUGACCAAGAACAUGAGCCAGGUCACCAAGGCCCUGGACAAGGCUCUGGGCUCCAUGGACCUUCAGAAGGUCUCUGCCGUCAUGGACAAGUUUGAAACCCAGGUCCAGAACCUGGACGUCCACACCUCAGUAAUGGAGGAUUCCAUGAGCUCAGCCAUGACACUGACCACGCCUCAGGAGCAGGUGGACGAUUUGAUCCACCAAAUAGCAGAGGAGAGCGGGCUGGAGGUGAUGGACCAGCUCAACCAGCUGCCCGCAGGAGCCACCUCACUGGGCGGGGAGAGCUCACGUAGCCAAGACAAGGAGGACCAGCUGUCCCGACGGUUGGCUGCUUUGCGGAACUGAAGACAUCUUCCAGGAGAAGCGGUGGGCUAAUGACAACGGGUUGGAGGUAGACAAACAUAAAGACAGCAACAGGAGCUGUGUAUGUCUUUCUAUUGAACUGUUCCUACCGUGAGGACUCAAUGAGCCUAUUGAUUACCAUCCCCCUGUUCUAUAAAUACACACACCGGCUAGAAAUAACACCUGAGAAGGCAUGAGUCUCUCUGCUCUUCCCGCUUUAGUUCACCUUUCCACCCAUCUCUGCUCCCUUUUCUGUCUCCCCUUCAAAUUCCCUGUUGUGUCUCAGUUUACCUCUGUCCUGAAUUUUCCCCCUUUUCUCGCUUUUCCUCCUUUUGUGUCUCACUCUCUCUGUCUCUGUCAUCUUCUCACCACCGCCACCUCAUCUUGUAGUUUCAUUAUCCAAAUCUGAAGUUACACACCAUUGGAUAUUUCCUUUGUACAAAAAAACAAACAAACAUUUUACAUACCGAAUAAUGUACAGUGAAAGAUGAUAAUAGUGAAAAUGUUAAUAAGUAGACAUAUUGAUUAAAAGGGAGUUUGGUGUCCCUGGCGCUUAACCGGGUGCAGGGUGGGUUGAGGAUUCUUUUGUUUUUAUGUUUUUCGGGCUGUCUGUUUUUUUCUGUUUUCAACCCAAUGGAAGAUUCAAGAGGUAGAUGUGAAAUACACGAUGGGGGAGGAAUAUCACUGUGUGCGCACUUGGCUGUAUCAUAUUUUUUCGUUUCAUUUCUUGACAUAAAGGGUGAUAUGUUUAUCAGUAGCAGACGACAAUUGUAAUCAAAAGCGAAAGUGUAUUCUUGCUCAACAGAUUCCUCCAAUCUGCAACUGCAUCAUGAUAUUGUCACACUGCAUACAACAAAAGACAAUCCCCAAUUGUUCUUUUUUUACAACAUCAAAAUUCAUUAUUUUUGUUAUCUUUAUUUUUGUCAAGAUCUCUUGAUUAUUACCCAUGCCUGUAUAAUUACUUUUUGCUUUGAACUUUGUACGCCUUAUUUGGGAUGUUUAUGCUUGCAUAGGUGCUUCCCCCUCAGUGCCUGAAGGACGGUAGUUUAGAGAGUGAACUGUAGUCAAUGCAAGUAGAUCUCAACUAUAGAUAUUAACCGGUUGGACAAGAAGUUUGUAAAAGCUUACACACUCAGUGCAGUAUUGUGGACAGGUGUGUAGGAGAAAUAAUCCAGAAGGCAGAAAGAGAGAGAGAGACGCUCCUGCUCGUUGUCCUCUGUCUGACUAUAAACUUUAUUGAUGUUAUUUCAGUCCUUAGACCUUCAUCAAAUAACCACAGAAAAUGUUUCAAUUCUUAGACUCUGAUUGGGUAACCACAGACAACAUUUCCAUCCUUCAUUUUGGUCUUUAAACCUUUAUCUGAUCAACAAGGAUGAUGUUUCAGUCUUUAGACUUUCCAUCGGGUAUCCAAGGACAAUGUUUUGAUUGUCAGACCUUCAUCAGGUAAAUCAGGACAGUGUUUGGUCCUUAGACCUCACAGUGUCACACCUUGUUUACCUGCUUCCCUACUGAAGAACCAAAUUUCAGUCCUUGGACUCUCAUCAGGUAACCGAGGAUGACAUUCUGACCCUGAGGCCUUCAGUAGAUAUUACCUGAGACAUUACUGUCAAUAAAGUUUCUUGUAAGUAAGAGUGUGCAGAAGCAUCUCUCUCCUUCAACCUUCAGGACAAAGAUUUUCCCAUUGCUGUCCCUGCCAUAGACUGAGCUGCUGUCCAUCAUGGUCUGUAUUUCUCCAAGCUUCUCUAGCUAGGACCUCCGAUCUGGAGUCCUUGAAUAAUUCUUUGAUCAGCUGCACAUCUCAGGCCAAUUCUGAUCCAACACUAAACUUGACAAAUACAGGCUUUGGUUGCCGUCGCUGUCAUAUGCAGACAUUAUUAUGAAUGGCAGUGGAGUUGCCUCUUGGUACCGAUCCGUUAUUAGUUUUGGGUGGAUUUGAGGUGGAUGCAGUCAGCACUGAAGUGCUCCUCCAGCAACGUCAUCGCCUCAUUAAAACUGUCUGUCAAGCCUCUGUGGAUGCAGUCUGUCUCAAAACAGUGUGAACAUCCCCCGUCUCAAUUCCAGUCUAAGAUUUACGAGGGAAGAUAAGGCAGGGCAACACUACACAAUGGGAAUUUUUUUCCCCCUGUGGCAGGAAACAACUGCUUACCCUGCUUUGCCUUGUAAAACUGUUGAUUUGCUUGCAAAAUUUGUUUAUAAAAUGACUGGCUGAGCAGUUAUCUGGAGACAGUCAAUGGAUUUGUUUGAUUGUGCUUUUCAUGAGCCCAUAUCUCUUAACUGAGUUACAUUUGACUGGUUGUGAUGGAUGUGUCCAUGUUUGAGUCUUUGCUGUAGAUGACAGUGACAUGGCAGGUAGACAGACGCCAGAUCUCCGCCCAUGACAGAGCAGCUUCACUCUGUGGGAGUUGAUUUUAACCUUUCUUUUGUUUUAACACAGGGAGGGUUAUUUAUACUCAAAGUUAAACAAACUUCUCAGUGCAUUUGUUUUGUAUAUUUAUCUUGUGAAAAUAAAACUGUCCUCUGACGCAGUCA